GGAAACUUCCAUGCGGUUAAUAACCGGUUGGAAAGCUGCAGAGGCUCAUCUUGUAAACAUAAUUUAUGAACAAAUUUAAACUAACGGGAUGUCGUAUAUAUAUGCUGUGACAGCUCACAAACCUACCGCUGUAACUGCGUGUGCUACAGGAAAUUUUACAUCACCAGAUGACUUAAACCUCAUUCUUGCCAAAAAUACUAGACUAGAAAUCUACAAUGUUACACCAGAAGGGCUGCGACCAGUCAAGGAAGUCGGCAUUUACGGCAAGAUUACUAUCAUGAAAUUCUUUAGACCUCCAGGAGAGAAGAAAGACUUGCUGUUUUUAUUGACAUACAAAUACAAUGCCGCUAUUUUGGAAUGUAUUGGAAGUGGAGACACCAUUGAAAUCAUCACAAAAGCACAUGGGAAUGUAGCUGACACCAUUGCUCGACCUUCAGAGACUGGUAGUAUUGGAAUUAUUGACCCUCAAUGCAGAGUCAUUGGUCUGAGACUGUAUGAUGGACUUUUUAAAGUCAUUCCUUUGGAGAAAGAAAACAGGGAAUUAAAAGCUUUCAACAUUAGAAUGAGUGAUCUUGUUGUCCAAGACAUUGAAUUUCUGCAUGGUUGCCUAACUCCUACGAUAGCCCUCAUCCAUCAAGAUCCCCAAGGACGACAUGUAAAAACUUAUGAAAUCUCUUUGCGAGAUAAGGAAUUUAACAAAGGACCAUGGAGACAAGACAAUGUUGAGAGUGAAGCUGCAAUCAUAAUUGCAGUGCCUGAACCAUAUUGUGGAGCUCUAAUUAUUGGUCAAGAAUCGAUUACCUACCAUAAUGGUGAUAAGUAUAUUGCUAUUGCUCCACCUAUCAUAAAACAAAGUACUAUAGUUUGUUAUGGAAAGGUGGAUUCCAAUGGUUCUAGGUGUUUGCUAGGGGAUAUGGCUGGAAGGCUCUUUGUACUGCUGCUGGAGAGGGAAGAAAGAAUGGAUGGGACAAUGCUAGUGAAAGAUCUGAAGCUAGAACUGCUUGGAGAGAUAACAAUUCCUGAGUGUUUGACUUACCUUGACAAUAGUGUAGUGUAUGUUGGAUCUCGUCUUGGGGACUCACAACUUGUCAAACUGAACGUGGAAGCCAAUGAACAAGGUUCUUAUUUAGAAGUAAUGGAAUCCUUCACAAACCUAGGACCACUAGUAGAUAUGUGUGUGGUUGAUCUGGAACGUCAAGGUCAAGGUCAGCUAGUGACAUGCUCUGGUGCAUAUAAAGAAGGAUCUCUACGUAUUAUCAGAAAUGGAAUAGGAAUUCAUGAACAUGCUAGUAUUGAUCUGCCAGGUAUUAAAGGAAUUUGGCCUUUGAAAGUAGAUACAGCCACGCAGUAUGACAAUGUUUUGGUUCUCUCUUUUGUAGGACAGACAAGGAUAUUGAUGCUGAAUGGAGAAGAAGUGGAAGAAACUGAACUUCCAGGUUUUGAUACUAGUCAACAGACAUUUGUAUGUGGAAAUGUUAAAGGACAACAAAUCAUACAGGUGACUGCAGCAUCUGUUCGAUUAGUAAGCAGCAAGACUAGAAAAUUACUCAAUGAAUGGAGACCUCCAGCAGAUAAGAAUAUCAGCGUUGUUGCAUGUAAUAACAGUCAGAUUGUUUGUGCUGCAAGAGAAAAUCUUUAUUAUUUAGAAAUUUAUGACGGAAAAGUGAAACAAGUUAGCUCUACUGUAAUGGAAUAUGAGGUAGCCUGUAUUGAUAUAAACCCUCUGGAAGAAGGGAAAGAUGAAACACAUCUGUGUGCAGUAGGACAAUGGACUGAUAUUUCUGUGAGGAUACUACGUUUACCAGCCUUGGAAGAGAUGCAUAAAGAAAUGUUAGGAGGAGAAAUUAUACCAAGGUCAAUCUUGGCUACAACAUUUGAAGGUAUUCAUUAUUUGUUGUGUGCUUUGGGUGAUGGUUCUCUUUUCUAUUUCAUAUUGAAGUCAGACUCAGGAAACCUUACUGACAAGAAGAAAGUCACUUUAGGAACUCAGCCAACAGUUUUGAAAACAUUCAGAUCCUUGUCAACAACAAAUGUGUUUGCCUGUUCAGACAGACCUACAGUUAUCUACUCUAGUAAUCAUAAGCUAGUGUUUUCUAAUGUAAAUCUCAGGGAAGUGAAUCAUAUGUGUCCUUUAAAUUCCGAGGGUUACCCGGAUAGUCUUGCUUUAGCUGGGGACAACACCUUGUUGAUUGGUACAAUUGAUGAAAUUCAGAAGCUACACAUAAGGACUGUACCCUUAGGAGAAUCACCGAGGAGGAUAGCCUACCAGGAAGCUACUCAGACUUUUGGUGUGAUAUGUAUGAGACAUGAUAUUCAUGACAGUAGUGGUCUUACUCCAGCCAGACCUAGUGCUAGCACCCAGGCACAGAAUAUAACAUACAGCUCAAGUGUGGUUAAGCCUGGAAACAACACAUUUGGGGGCAGUAGCAGUAGUGACCAGUAUGGACAGGAAAUAGAAGUUCACAGCCUUUUGAUUAUUGACCAACACACAUUUGAGGUUCUCCAUUCUCAUCAGUUCAUGGCUAGUGAAUUCGCUUUGAGUAUUAUUUCUACAAAAUUAGGAGAAGAUCCAAACAUAUAUUUUAUUGUUGGUACUGCAAUAAUAAAUCCUGAAGAAUCUGAACCCAAACAGGGAAGAAUAAUCAUUUUUCAUUGGUCAGAUGGGAAAUUGCAACAAAUUGCUGAAAAAGAAAUCAAAGGUGCCCCAUAUACCCUAGUGGAAUUUAAUGGUAAACUCUUAGCGAGUAUCAACAGCACAGUGAGACUCUUUGAAUGGACUGCAGAACGUGAACUCCACAAUGAAUGCAAUUUCUUUAAUAACAUAAUAGCUUUAUACCUAAAAACAAAAGGGGAUUUUGUACUUGUUGGAGACUUGAUGAGAUCAAUGGCUUUACUAGCAUACAAACCUUUAGAAGGAAACUUUGAAGAGAUUGCUCGGGAUUAUCAACCAAACUGGAUGUCAGCUGUAGAAAUACUUGACGAUGAUAAUUUUUUGGGUGCAGAAAAUUCUUUUAAUUUGUUUGUUUGUCAGAAAGAUAGUGCUGCUACAAAUGAUGAAGAAAGACAACACUUGCAGGAAGUUGGACAGUUUCAUUUGGGAGAAUUUGUUAAUGUCUUUAGGCAUGGGUCUCUGGUUAUGCAGCAUCCUGGUGAGAUGACAACUCCUACUCAAGGUUCUGUACUUUUUGGAACGGUUCAUGGAGCUAUUGGACUUGUAGCUCAAGUUCCAGCAGAAUUCUACAAUUUCUUAUUGGACGUCCAGACAAAACUGACUUCUGUAAUCAAAUCUGUUGGCAAAAUAGAUCAUGCAUUUUGGAGAUCUUUCUCUACAGAGAGAAAGAUGGAACAAGCUAGUGGGUUCAUUGAUGGAGACUUGAUUGAAAGUUUUCUAGACCUGAACAGAGAGAAGAUGCAGGAAGUGGUUAAUGGUUUACAGAUUGAUGAUGGAAGUGGGAUGAAACAUGAGGCAACAGUAGAUGAUCUGGUUAAGAUUAUUGAAGAACUAACAAGGAUACAUUAACAAGAAUGUUUUGGUAACUAGUAAAAAAAAAAAAAA